GCUCACAGAUGUGACUCUACCUCUGAAUGAUCCCCAUUAUCCUGACCAUGAUCUUGGAAUCAUUUUGCUCUCAGUCAUCCUUACCCCUAAAGAAGGAGAACCCAGGGAUGUGACAAUGCUAAUGAGGAAGAGUUGGAAAAGAUCAAGUAAGGAGCUCUCAGAAAAUGAAGUGGUUGGAUCUUAUUUCUCUGUGAAGUCUUUCUUUUGGAGGACAUACGGCAGGCCUGCUCUUCCUGUCCUGGGCUUCUGCAGAGCAGAGCUUCAGAGUCCUUACUGCCCAAAUGCACAAUUUCAGACCCAGAGUUUACGUCUGUCAGACCAGCACAGAAAAUCACAUCUGUGGAGAGGAAUAGUCAGCAUUACCUUAAUUGAGGGGCGAGACCUCAAAGCGAUGGAUUCCAAUGGGUUGAGUGAUCCCUAUGUGAAAUUCCGGCUUGGGCAUCAGAAAUAUAAAAGCAAGAUUAUGCCAAAAACUUUGAAUCCACAGUGGAGGGAACAAUUUGAUUUUCAUCUCUAUGAAGAAAGAGGAGGAAUCAUUGACAUUACUGCAUGGGACAAAGAUGCUGGGAAAAGGGAUGAUUUUAUUGGCAGGUGCCAGGUGGACCUGUCCUCCCUCAGUAGGGAACAGACGCAUAAGCUGGAGUUGCAGCUGGAAGAGGGUGAGGGACACCUGGUGCUGCUUGUCACUCUGACAGCCUCAGCCACAGUCAGUAUCUCUGACCUCUCUGUCAACUCUCUGGAGGACCAGAAAGAGCGGGAGGAGAUACUAAAGCGAUAUGUACAGCCACUGAGGAUAUUUCACAACCUAAAAGAUGUGGGAUUUCUCCAGGUGAAAGUCAUCAGAGCAGAAGGCCUGAUGGCCGCUGAUGUCACAGGUAAAAGUGAUCCAUUUUGUGUAGUAGAACUGAACAAUGAUAGGCUGUUAACACAUACUGUCUACAAAAAUCUCAAUCCUGAGUGGAACAAAGUCUUCACAUUCAACGUUAAAGAUAUCCAUUCAGUUCUUGAAGUGACAGUUUAUGACGAAGAUCGGGAUCGAAGUGCUGACUUUCUGGGCAAAGUUGCCAUACCAUUGCUGUCUAUUCAAAAUGGUGAACAGAAAGCCUACGUCUUGAAAAACAAGCAGCUGACAGGGCCAACAAAGGGGGUCAUCUAUCUUGAAAUAGAUGUGAUUUUUAAUGCUGUGAAAGCCAGCUUACGAACAUUAAUUCCCAAAGAACAGAAGUACAUUGAAGAGGAAAACAGACUCUCUAAACAGCUACUACUGAGAAACUUUAUCAGAAUGAAACGUUGUGUCAUGGUGCUUGUAAAUGCUGCAUACUACGUUAAUAGUUGCUUUGAUUGGGAUUCACCCCCAAGAAGUCUUGCUGCUUUUGUGAUGACUGGACAGAUUUGCCGUGGGCAGGAACCUGCUGGAUUGUUCAAGGUCUGAGUCCAAGAAUAUACCCCCAGCCCUCCGAUUUCCGGAAUGCAAGACAUCUCAGCCAAUGUA